AUCAUAAUGAAUGGAUCUAGUGUGGCAAAUACAUCACCUAGUGUAAAAUCCAAAGAGGACCAAGGGUUAAAUGGGCAUGAUGAGAAGGAAAACCCAUUUGCAGAGUACAUGUGGAUGGAAAAUGAGGAGGAUUUCAACAGACAGGUUGAGGAGGAGCUGCAGGAGCAAGACUUUUUGGACCGCUGCUUCCAGGAGAUGCUGGAUGAAGAAGACCAAGACUGGUUUAUUCCAUCACGAGACCUGCCUCAGGCCAUGGGACAGCUGCAACAGCAGUUAAAUGGACUGUCUAUCAGUGAUGAGCAUGAUUCUGAAGAUAUUUUGAGCAAAAGUAACCUGAACCCAGAUGCCAAGGAGUUUAUUCCUGGAGUGAAGUACUGAGCCUACAGAAAGCUUUGAGGAGGACUUGUCUGUCCCCCCAUCUGGGGAUAUGAUGCACAAUAAGGCAGAGCUGAAAAGGGGGGUGGGGUGGGCGAGGGGUACACAGCAGGGAAGGGAAAUGGUGGUUUAAUGAUACUGUGACUCUGAGUAACUAAUGUGCUCAGUCUUACUCUA